AUGCUCAACCUCCUCGCCCUCGGCUUCGCUCUCGCCAACGCCGUCCUGGCCAUCGGCAACGCCGUCGUCGAGAACAACUGCGACUUCCCCGUCUAUCUACGGUCCGUCGGCAGGGAAGUCUCGCCGGCGUUCUACCUCCGCCCCCGCGGGGGCAGGUUCUCCGAGCCGUACUCCCGCGACCCGACGUUCGGCCAGGCCCUCAAGAUCACCCUGGGGCCCGACGACGUGUUCGAUCCCACCAGGCCGCAGACCGUCUACGGGUACACCCUCAGCGAGCCCUUCAUCUACUACGAUCUCGACGACGUUCGCGGCAACAUCUUCGCCGGCAAGCGUCUUGUCCAGCGCAGCACCGACGACUCGUGCCCGUCUAAUGUCUGGCCCCAGGGCGUGCCUGUGGAGCCCCAUGUCCAUAACUGUCGUGAUUCGGAGGCCGAUAUCAUCUUGACCUUGUGCUCGGCCCAGAGGGGAUUGUACUAUAAUAUAUGGGAGCUGUAA